AGGACUCUUUUCAAACAUUUGAUCCGGUGUGAAAAGUACCUGGCGUGUUGUGUUGAUGCUGCGUGGCUUCAUGGUUUAAGUAACACGGCUUUGUCUUUGUCUUUAGGUUUGUAGAUGGUAUGCUUUAUUGUGCGUAAAAUAAACCUAGGAUUUUACUGAAUGUGUCGCUGAGGAUCCUUUUGUCUCGGAUGCCAGCGACUCAAUGGAUUCUCACAUUAUCACACCAGGUCCUUAUCGAGCCACUAAACUGUGGAAUGAAGUGACCAAGCUUUUCCGAGCUGGGAUGCCUGUGAAGAAGCAUCGUCAGCACUUAAAGGCUUAUCCAAACUGCUUCUCCGCCACCGCAGCAGUGGACUGGUUACACGACCUUCUCAGGAACAACUGCAACUUUGGGCCCGAGGUGACCAGGCAGCAGACGGUCCAGCUUUUAAAGAAGUUCUUAAAAAACCACGUCAUCGAGGAUGUAAAAGGACGAUGGGGUAUGGAGGACUUGGAGGACAACAGUCACCUCUACAGGUUUCCACCAACAUCACCACUGAAGCUGAUCCCUGCCACUUCUCAAGGCACAAGGAAAAAGAGUUUGUCUUUGAAGGACAGAGAGGGCUUCUUCAAAUUGAGAGGUUCCAAGAAAUUUGACAAAGAAAUCCAAGAAAAUAUAGCUCCAGCUGUAGAAGAUGUUUCCAGCAGCCCCUUAGAAGAAGCUGAACACUGUAGAGAAAUCACAGAGGAGGAAAUUCAGGAUAUUUGGAAGAACGUAACAUUAACACAUUUGCAGAAGUUGUUGGGUUCGCCAUUUCUGGACGAUGUUUUAAAUCCAGCAGAAGUCAGUUCUCACUACAUCAUGUAUAACAUGACCAAAGUAAAUAAGCAUGGAGUUGUUACCUUAGAAGAUAAGACAGAGGAUCUGCCACACUGGGUUUUGUCAGCCAUGAAAUGUCUUGCAAAUUGGCCAAAGUUUGACCAGCCAUCUUACCCAGGCUUUGAGAGGGACGUCUUCAAAUCAGUGUCUGACUAUUUUCACAGUCUUCCCCAGCCAAUGCUGACCUUUCAGUACUAUGAAUUGUUUGUUAAUGUUCUGGUUUUGUGUGGUUAUGCCACUGCUCCCGGUACUCAGCGUGGAAAACGUAAAAACCUGGAGGAGCCGAGCUGUCCGCAGCCGGCUAAAGCCCCUCAUCUGAACACUGCCAACGCUUUUAGAUCCACCGAGUGCCUCUUGCUGAGUUUAAUAAGAAAGGAGUCUUUUGAGGAGACUGAGUCCCCCAUGAAAGAGGUGUUUGCUACUAAAAUUAAAACCCAGUUUGCAGGCUCAAGGGCGCGUCCCAAUGGACGUCCACUUAGCAGGUUUCCACGCAGGAGCUGCUCUUUGGAAAGAAUCCUGGAUGAAUCUGUAGAUUCGUGCCCAAAAUGGGAGCUCUUCAGGUCUGCUGAAAGUCUAGCGUCUUUGAGGACUAACAGCACUGACGGUUCCUCCCCUGAAGGAAGUUCUCAAGCAGAUACGGAGCCUAAACCUGAAGGUUCUUCCUCUAUAUCCUGUAACACCUCUCCAAGUGAGACUUGUCCAAGUAUAGAGACUUCUCAAAGCUCAAGCUCUCAACUGUCCUCAGAUUGUCAGCCUACCAGCCAGAGAUCUGCCAGGCCUCGACCCAGAAGCAUCGGAAACUGUCUUGAUAUACUGGAGCACAGAGAAAUGUCAGCAAGUUGCUUUAGCAUCAAUGCUCCAAUAGCAGAAAUUACCAUGAGACCGGACUUGUCCUCCUCUACGGUUAGUCUUAGAGCUCCUGGGUUGGUUCGUUUGCAUGGAAGUUGCUUGGAUGUCAGCACAGCUCCAAGCAAUAGCAGACGUUGUCAAAGCUCUCUGGAUCUGUGCAAGCCUGUUGCGCCGUCUCGUCCCUCAAUGUCUUCUGUUGCACGUCGCCUGAGUCCUGAGCAAAGCUUGCUGCAGCCUGCGCUGGAGCGCCUUGCCAUCGAGGCACUGCAGCUCUGCACUCUUCUCCUUCCUCCGGUUUCUCGCCGCAAACUACAGCUGCUCCUGCGCAUGAUCUCGCGCAUGAGCCAGAAUGUGGACAUGCCUCGUUUGCAUGACACCAUUGGCACACGUACACUGCUGGUGCAAACUUUCUCUCGCUGCGUGUUGAGCUGUGAGGAGGAAGUAGAUCUGGAUGAGCUCUUGGCCACCAGGCUGCUGUCGUUUUUAAUAGAUCAUCAUCAAGAAGUUCUCCAGGUGCCCGUGUACCUGCGUAAUGCUGUUGAACAACAUAUCACCUACCUCAGAUCCCAGAAGAGACUCCCUCUUCCAACUUACUCAUUCUGCAAACAGAUCAGCACUCAGGAGUUUGAGGAGCAGAAGCUGUCAUUGUCUCAAGCAGCUGUUGCAGAGCUGCUGGAGAGCAUCAUCAAGGACAAAGGCAUGUCAGUCAAGGAGAAGAAGAAGAAACUCAGACUGUUUCAGAAGGAAUAUCCUGACAUCUACUCUCGCCGCUUCCCCACCACAGAGAGCGAGGCACAGCUUUUUGCAGAUAAACCAAAGAUCAAACCACCUAUGUUGACUGGAAUAAGGAAAUCUAAAGCAUUUAACAUUCGAAACUGAGUACGUGUUGUAGCAGUGUGUAUCUGAGUGUUAUGUGGUUUUGUCAUGAAUGCUUUAGGAUUAAGGGACAUGUGUGUCAUUCUUUACAGUUACUGCUUAUUGUAAUUCCAUGGAGGCUUUAAUAUUAAGAGUCAAACAAAUUGCAGAUAUUUCUGCGUUUGCUCGCUUAGUAAGAGCAGGGAGAGCAAAUGGUCCACAUGACUGGAAGUUAUACUAUUUCCUGGGAUUGAAGUGUUAUGUCAUACCAUUUAAGGGAAGUUUUAAUGAUUAUUUCCUCACCUUAUAUAUUUGUUAUUUAUUUUAUGUACAUAGUUGCCUUGCAUUCUUGGGAGCUCUAAGACAGUGUCACUGUCCAAAUUCAUAUUAUAAAGGACAUGUCAGGGUUAGUUUUAUUGUCAGGUUAAACAUUCUCUGUUCAUAGUUUGGGUAAUUUUAACGCUGGUGCCAUUGGGAAACUAAUCCUGUCUAACUGGAACCAUAGGUGAGUAGAAAUUUAUUUUUGAAAUGUUUACAAAAGGAUUAACAGCUAUUCAUUUAAGCAAGGUUGCUUAUAAACCAAAUGAAGGUGUGUCAUGUUUUCAAACAUUUAUUUGUUGGUCUAUUUAAUUUAUACAUUAUCAGCGUUUCCCUCAUUUUAUGUAACAGUUUUAGUUUGACUGAUUAGUUUGUAGUGAGCUUAUUUCUGUGUUGUUUUUUUGUUCUGUAUAAAUUCAUACAGUAAUUCCAGCUGAAGUAGCUUGAAAACUAAAUUCACACUCCAUAACAGUUUUUCUGUCAGUUUAUACUAAGUCUGUGAUUUAUGAUGGGAUACCUUUUAAGUGAACAUUUAGUUUCAACCCACUAUGCAAUAGAAACAAUUUUUUUUUUUUUUUUUGCACUAUUGUCAUCAGAUAUCUAGUUAAAUCAUCAUCACAACAGUUUAUCUAACCAUUUUUGGAGAUGGUGUACCCUGACAGUCUAGUGUUUUUAAUAGAUCUUUUUAGAUAUUUGCUUGAGUACAUUGUUUUAUCAUUCAAAAAUAAAUUCCUUUUUAUCUGAUACUGACAUCUGCUCUGGGUCAGGCUUUCCAAAAAGGAUUUGCUAUGAUUGCUACUGAAGUCAGUGUUGAAGUGUGAUCAUGAGCAGUAUUCAUGGUGUGAUGCUUUUGAUUAUUAACCAAGCCAACCUUUGUGAUGUACAGUUUUAAUGGAAUUUAUGCUAUGCAA